UUCUAUUAAACAUUUGUAGUCUUUUGUAGAACUCUGUAGAAUCCUUCUCUCUCGAACCCUUCUGAGUUCUGAUCUUCUCUCUCGAACGGGAACAAUAGAAGCAAUGAAGCAGAAUGCAGAACUCUGUAUGUACUAAUCUCAGUCUCUGUUUCUCUAAUUUUCUCCAACAAACCCUAGCCUCUCCUCAAUCAUCUCGUGCUCUCUUAGUCUAUUCCUUAGUUCUUCUUUGACUCUCACUCUCUACAUUUUCUACGAAUCUAAUACGAGUUGGAGACGCACUCACGCCCUCACUGCUCGCCCACUCGGCGUUCACACGAGUCAAGUUCAAUAAUCAAAGGGUAUUGGGUUUUUGUAGUUUACCACAGCUGCAAUGGCGCCUCACUUAAUUCUCAGACCAUUGCGAGGAACGGCCCAGAGACUUCUACAGCAACUUAGUUCAGCAAUCUCAACACCCACCAGAAAUUACAUAUCGGAAAUGCGUAAGGAAGCUUUUGAAGGCAAAAUGCUCAAACUACUCCGAAAUGAGGUUGAAUAUGAAAUCGAACGCUCCCCUAUCUCUAAGUCUGUCCCUGAAUUUGAAUCAUUUACGAUUGAUAAAAGGGCAGGAGAGCAAUGGAUUAGACUGAAUAAGAAAUUUGGAGAGAAAGAAGAGAUCAAAAUUGAUGUAACCAUGUUCGAUCGAUCCGUUCCUGUAAAAAAGAGUGGCGGUUCUUCUAAAGAAGAUGAAGUGUAUCUUCAUCUUACAAUGAUUGUUGAUAUCUUUAAGGGAGAAGGCAAUGAUGUGCUGGAGUUUGUUUGCACAGCAUGGCCAGACAGCAUUGAGAUUCACAAAGUUGUAAUGCGCGGGCAUGGUCCAAUUGCAGCUCAGCAUUAUACAGGGCCUCGUUUUAAGGAACUGGAUGAUAAACUGCAGGAUGAGCUUUAUGAUUUCCUAGAGACUCGGGGAAUCGACGAUGACCUUGCUGUAUUCUUGCACCAAUACAUGAAGAACAAAGAUAAAAUUGAAUAUGUCCGUUGGAUAGCAAAGAUCACUUCUAUCUUAGAGAGGAAAUAGGGGAAUAGUGCAUUUUAGUUAGUGUUUUUGCUUUUCCACACCCUUAUUUUCACUGUGGAACAGUACACAUGGCACUAGGAAACAUGAUAACAGAUUAGAUGACAGAGAAACUAAGCUAAGGUAUACAUCCUUUCAGAUUUAUUACAUAUUUCAAGAAGAAGGCUUGGUGUUGUGGUGUAUAAGAGCAAGGUAGAUCAUUAAUUUGAAGAAGAGGAGAAAACAAUGCUGCUCAGCAUUUAUUCAUAUUGAAAAUUGAUUUCUUGUGCUUUGGAAAUUUUCAUUUAGAUUCUUACAUUUUCCUGGUCUCUAAUGCGGGCAUACAUAGUUGAGAGAGAAAGAUGUUGGCUUAGGUGUUAGCAGUUUCUCUUGUUGAUUGUGUGACCUAUCUGGUUUUUAAUGUUUGAUUGUGAGAAAAGAAAUGUUUGAAGCUCUGGCUUUUCGGCUUACAGGCGCAUUUUGAUUGAUCAUAGCAAGAGUUUGUAUGUUGGUAAUUGGGAUA